CGUGAACGCACUGUCACAUGAUGUACUGUUCUAUUUAGUGUUAGCGGGACCCCGAAAACACGAUGGCAACAUUCUUACAGUGGAGAAAGUUUGUAUUUUUUGACAAAGACACAGUUCAAGACCCUUUGGAUAAUGGCAAAAGCUUUCUUCUUCCAAAUGGAAUAUCGGCCUGCGACUCUGGACGUGGUCACAUUGUUCUUGGAGAUAUGGAUGGCAACAUCUGGCUUUUGAUGCGGCUCUUGCAGCUGACGAAUUUUCAGGCUUAUAAAUUACGUGUAACACAUAUCUACCAACUGAAACAACACAGUAUUCUUGUGACCGUGGGACAGGAUGAACAUGGAAUAAACCCUCUCGUAAAGGUCUGGAACUUAGACAAAAGAGACAGUGGAAGUCCCCUCUGCACAAGGAUUUUCCCUGCAAUUCCAGGCAACAAACCAACAGAAGUUUCUUGCCUCAGUGUACAUGAGAACCUCAACUACAUGGCCAUUGGUUUCACAGAUGGCAGUGUGGUUCUGACCAAAGGUGACAUAACUCGAGAUCGUCACAGUAAAACCCUGACUCUGCAUGAGGGAACCAUCCCAGUCACGGGCCUUGCCUUCCGUCAAGUUGCUAAAGUCACACAUCUGUAUGUUGCCACGCUUGAGAAAGUCCAUUGCUACACCCUGACGACCAAAGAGUAUCCAAAAGUAGAGCUGGAUAACCAUGGGUGUGCUCUUCGCUGCUCAUCGCUCACAGAUCCUUCGCAGGAUUCUCAGUUUAUUGUGGCUGGUGAUGAAUGUGUUUAUCUUUACCAGCCUGAUGAACGAGGUCCCUGCUUUGCCUUUGAUGGAACCAAACUUUUGGCCCGCUGGCAUCGUGGAUAUCUUUUCUUAAUCAUUCGGAAUACUAAGACAAGGUUUGGUAGCGGUCCAUCAGAUAAACAGCUCUUGACCAUCUAUGACUUGGACAAUAAGUUCAUCGCCUAUAGUGCCUUAUUUGAUGAUGUCAUUGAUGUGGUGGCCGAGUGGGGCUCUUUCUACGUCCUCACCAGAGAUGGUAAAAUGCACAUUCUCCAGGAGAAGGACACACAGACCAAGUUGGAAAUGCUGUUUAAGAAGAAUUUAUUUGUGAUGGCCAUAAACUUGGCUAAAAGCCAGCAUCUAGACAGUGACGGAUUGUCAGAGAUCUUCAGACAGUAUGGUGACCACCUCUACCUUAAGGGAGACCAUGAUGGGGCCAUUCAGCAGUACAUUCGCACAAUUGGAAAACUCGAGCCAUCUUAUGUUAUCAGGAAAUUUCUGGAUGCGCAAAGGAUACAUAACCUGACGGCUUAUCUACAAGCGUUGCAUAGGCAGUCACUGGCCAACGCAGACCACACCACACUGCUGCUCAACUGUUAUACAAAGCUCAAGGACAGUUUGAAGCUGGAAGAGUUUAUUAAGAGCAGUGAAAGCGAGGUUCACUUUGAUGUUGAAAUCGCCAUUAAGGUUCUUCGACAGGCUGGCUACCACAGCCACGCUGUUUUCUUGGCAGAAAAGCACAUGCACCAUGAGUGGUAUUUAAAGAUUCAACUGGAAGAUCUCAAGAACUAUGAGGAAGGGUUACGCUACAUUGGACGGCUACCUUUUGAUCAAGCUGAAAGCAACAUGAAGCGUUAUGGCAAGACAUUAAUUCAUCAUAUUCCUGAAGGUACAACACUGCUUUUAAAGGGCUUAUGCACCAACUACCACCCAAGUGGGGACACUGCUGAAAUUGAGAGCCACUUGGAAAGGAACCCCUUCAACAAGGCCAACUCUGAGGAAUUCAUUCCAAUUUUUGCUAACAACCCGCGGGAGCUCAAAGCCUACCUCGAGCACAUGAUUGAGGUGGAUCCCAAUUCGUCUCAAGGUGUUUAUGACACAUUGCUGGAGCUCCGACUGCAAGACUGGGCACACGAAGAGGACCCUGAGAGAAAAAAGAUCUUGCAGGAUGAAGCAUUGUCACUCCUGAGGAGUGACAAUACUGUGUUUGAUAAAGCCCUGGUCCUCUGUCAGAUGCACAAUUUUAAAGAGGGUGUCCUUUACCUGUAUGAGAAGGGCAAACUGUACCAACAGAUCAUGCACUACCACAUGCAGAAUGAGGUGUAUGAUAAAGUGGUUGAAGCUUGUAAACGUUACGGUGACCAGGAAGGUUGCCUGUGGGAACAAGCCCUGGGCUACUUUGCCAGAAAAGAAGAAGACUGCAAGGCCUACAUCAGUGAGGUUUUGGGUCACAUUGACCAAAAUAAUCUGAUGCCUCCUUUGCUUGUAGUGCAGACGCUGGCACACAACUCGACAGCAACCCUUUCCGUUAUCAAAGACUACUUGAUCAACAAGUUACAGAGGGAGAACCAACAGAUUGAGGAUGAUGAACGUAAAAUAUGCCAAUAUCGGGAAGAAACUGCUCAUCUACGCUCUGAGAUUCAGGAGCUCAAGACAAGUGCCAAAAUAUUCCAGAAGACCAAGUGUAACAUGUGCAACAGUCCCCUGGAGCUGCCAUCCGUUCACUUCCUGUGCAGCCACUCCUUUCACCAACACUGCUUCGAAAGUUAUGCAGACAACGAGACUGAGUGCCCAACGUGUGCUCCAGAAAACCGCAAGGUCAUGGACAUGCUACGUGCCCAGGACCAGAAGCGUGACCUGCAUGACCGCUUCAAUAGACAGUUACAGAGCUCUCAUGAUGGAUUCUCUGUGGUGGCUGACUACUUUGGCCGAGGAGUUUUUAACAAACUCACUCUUCUUACGGACCCACCUGGCAGCAAACCUGUUGGGAAUCUUGAAGUGAAUUUGCAGAGAGAUCUUCUCAUCCGCACCAAGAGGAACUGCUAAAAUAAAAAUCAUGAUACUCAUUCACACCAAGAAGAACUGCAAAAAAAAAACAUACAUAUUUGUGAUUUGUGUCUGGUCUGUGGUUAACUGUAUUUAUGUCCAGGUUUCAUCUGCAAUGUUUCUCAAUCAUGUCUUACUAUGUACAUUUACAUUUGAUCCCUUCGACUUCUUUUCAGUACUUGUAAGGAACUUACUCUCGUCCCUUGUCUGGUUUGUGAUUCAAUAAAUACAUGAUGUUAA